AUGUCGACCACCGUGGAGAAAAUUAAGGCUAUCGAGGAUGAAAUGGCUCGUACCCAAAAGAAUAAGGCCACUUCUUUCCAUUUGGGUCAACUUAAGGCAAAGUUGGCUAAGUUAAGAAGGGAAUUAUUACAAGGUGCUUCUGCUGGAGGUGGAGGCGGUGGUGGUGUUGGUUUUGAUGUUGCUAGAACGGGUGUGGCGUCAGUUGGUUUUGUCGGUUUUCCUUCCGUAGGUAAGUCUACGCUACUUUCCAAGCUUACUGGUACUGAAUCCGAGGCAGCUGAGUAUGAAUUCACUACCCUUGUCACCGUUCCUGGUGUUAUAAGGUACAAAGGUGCGAAGAUUCAGAUGUUAGAUUUACCAGGUAUUAUUGAUGGGGCUAAGGAUGGUCGUGGUCGUGGUCGUCAGGUCAUCGCAGUUGCUCGUACAUGUAACUUGUUAUUCAUCGUAUUGGAUGUUAAUAAGCCCUUGCAUCAUAAGCAUAUUAUUGAGAAGGAGUUGGAAGGUGUUGGUAUUCGUUUGAACAAGCAGCCACCAGAUAUUGUUGUAAAGAAGAAAGAAAAGGGUGGUAUAUCUAUAACGAAUACGGUUCCUUUAACGCACUUGGACCCUGAUGUGGUUAGAGCUGUUAUGAGUGAAUAUAGAAUUAAUAGUGCUGAAAUUUCGUUUAGGUGUGAUGCAACUGUGGAUGACCUAAUUGAUAUUUUGGAGGCUCCGUCAAGAAGAUACAUCCCAGCCAUCUACGUGUUGAACAAGAUCGAUUCUUUGUCAAUUGAAGAACUGGAGCUUCUAUACAGAAUUCCAAAUGCUGUUCCAAUUUCCAGCGGUAAAGAGUGGAACCUUGACGAGCUUCUGCAGAUUAUGUGGCAGAAAUUGAACCUGGUACGUGUAUAUACAAAACCCAAGGGUGUGAUGCCAGACUUCACCGACCCUAUUGUGUUGCGCUCAGAUCGCUGCACCGUCAAGGACUUCUGUAACCAGAUCCACAAGUCUUUGGUGGACGAGUUCAGAAAUGCAUUAGUUUACGGUAGUAGUGUGAAACAUCAGCCUCAAUACGUCGGUCUUUCCCAUGUUCUAGAAGACGAGGACGUUGUAAGCAUUUUAAAGAAAUGA